CACAGCCCGGGUUUACACUGAUCGUACUGAUCCAGGUCAGCUGCAAAGACAUUUUGUUUUCCUCGUUUCAAUAUUUCUAACUGGACGCUGUAGUGUUAGGCCAAAGUAUUGACGAGUGGAAUACAUUCGUAUAUGAAUUUGCAGCAAAAUGGCGAACGCAUUGAUGAACGGUGCAUCAUUCACUUUCCUUCUUUGCGCGUCGGCCAUGGUCUCGGCAGAGCUUCGCUACUCGAUACCCGAGGAAACUGAUCUCGGGACCUUGGUGGGGAAUAUCGCUGAGGAUUUAAGAUUAAAUGUUUGGGAGUUAUCGGUUCGCAAAGUCAAUUUGGUGUCCGAUGAAAUGAAUCAAUACCUGCAGGUAAAUGCGGACAAUGGUGAUUUAUUUGUAAGUGAAAGAAUUGACCGAGAGCAUCUGUGUAGACAAAGCCUUGCCUGCUCCCUUUCUUGUCAAAUUGUGCUCUACGACCCCGAGGAAAUGCACAGUGUAACCGUUGAAAUCUUGGACAUAAACGAUAAUUCCCCAUUUUUUCAGAAGGAUGAAUUCUCCUUGCAGAUCAGUGAGCUAAGUACACCGGGUGCGCGCUUCCCGUUGAAGAGCGCGCGCGAUCCCGAUGUUGGUACGAAUGCAGUUAACACUUACGAGAUCAGUCCAAACGAGCACUUUGGUAUUAAGGUGCAGUCAAGACGCGGAGGGAGUAAGACUGCCGAGCUGCAAUUGGAAAAACCGUUGGACCGUGAACAGCAGGCAACCUUUCAACUCACGUUAACCGCCCAUGAUGGUGGUGCGCCUUGCAGAUCAGGCACGGCUCGGAUUAUCAUUGCUGUUGUGGACGCGAAUGACAAUGCUCCUGUAUUCGAUCGUGAAUCCUACACAGUAACCUUAGCAGAAAACGUCCCAAAAGGAACACUGGUGACCACAAUAAAUGCUAAAGAUCUGGACGAAGGCAGCAAUGCUGAACUCACCUACACUUUCACAGAUCACGUUCCUCAAUUGAUUCGCGAGUUGUUCAGACUGGAUUCGCAAACCGGACAGAUUAGAGUUGAGGGAACGCUAAACUUUGAGAAAUCCUCUUAUUACGAACUUGAUGCUCAGGCACUAGACAAUGGUUCACCUGCUUUGACAGCACACACAAAGGUCAUCAUCACAUUGUCUGAUGUGAACGACAAUGCUCCUGUAAUACACCUAAUCUCGUCUUCCAGCACUGUUCAAGAAAAUGCGCAGCCUGGGACGAUGGUUGCUACAAUCAGGAUAACCGAUUUAGAUUCUGGGGAAAAUAGCACGAUUCACUGCCAGAUACCCAAAGAAUUGCCGUUCACCCUUCAAAAAUCUUCGAGGAAUGACUACAGGUUGGUUACUCAUGAAGGUUUGGAUCGUGAAACAACCGCAAAAUAUAACAUCUCUAUUUUGGCCUGGGAUAACGGUUCGCCUCCUCUUUCAACACAAAGAACUAUCUUGAUUCUUGUGUCUGAUAUAAAUGACAACGCGCCUCAGUUCACACAAUCAUCAUAUUACGCGUAUGUCACAGAAAACAAUACGCCCGGUUCGUCCAUAUUUUCGGUCUCUGCAUUAGAUUUAGACAUUGAUAAAAAUGGUGAGGUGAUAUAUACUGUUCUGGACAGCAUAAGGGAUCAGCGUUCUGUAUCCAGAGUUGUCACUAUUAAUGCCAAAAAUGGCAACAUUUAUGCAUUGAUUUCUUUUGACUAUGAGAAUCUGAAACACUUCCAACUCAACGUUCAAGCUCAGGACUCUGGAUCUCCCCCAAUGAGCAGUAUUGCAACGGUAAACAUAAUUAUUUUGGACCAAAAUGACAACAUUCCAAAAAUUGUUUCACCUCUGAUAUUGAACGAUUCAACAUCAGUGGAGAUUGUGCCUCAGUCACUAUAUCCAGGCUAUUUGGUCACCAAGAUAAGCGCGACGGUUGCAGAUUCGGGUCAAAACGCAAGACUUUCCUAUCAGUUACUGGAACUCACUGAUCCCAGCUUGUUCACUGUGGGUGUUCUCUCCGGUGAAAUCAGAGCAACUCGAAGUUUGAGAGACCAAGAGUUGAUCACAAGCAGAAUAGUCGUCUGUGUGAAGGACAAUGGACAACCGAGCCUCUCCAGCACAGCGAUAAUAUUUUUCUCAAUUCUGCCCAACAGUACGGUACCCCCUUAUGAAAGUUCAAUCGAGCUGCGAGAAUGGAACAUCAAUCUCUAUUUAAUCAUCGUCUUAGGCUCAACAUCCUUCCUGUUUCUGGCGACUAUUAUUUUUUUGGUGAUGCUGAAAUGUAAACAAGAUAGAAAUAUUGACGAAGUCUACAGAUCGAGAUUCUGCUGUUCCGAUCCCAGGAAUUUGGAUAACGCUUUUACUGCGAGUAGUAAUGUAACCGAAGAUCCAAGGUAUGUUAGAUCUGGGCAUUCCGAAGGUUAUCGUUACCCUGUAUGUUUAUCACCAGAAUCUUCGAAAAGUGAUUUUUUAUUUUUAAAGCCCUGUCAUUCUACCUUGCCUCUCAACGAGCUGAGUAUCUUGCAGAACAGUACAAGAUCAUAAGGUUAGAAACAAAGAACGGUAGAUGCUGGUUUGCAACAUAAGACACAAAGGGCUGGAGUAACUCAGCGGGUCAGGCAACAUCGCUGGAGAACAUGGAUAAGUGAACUUCGGGUCAUGGCUCUUCUUCAGAACCAAGAAAAGAACUUAGUUUAAAGUGGUGGAGAAUUUAUCCUCACGGAGGUCUAUUUGUUAAUCAUCUAACUAAUCCGUAAAUUUAGCAGGCGUGGCUUUAUGUCCAUGGAUUUCCUGGUGAACUAUAAUUGCUUCAUUCUGUUAUUGCGAUCUGCAAGAUACUUGUUUGCCUCUUUUCUGCCGAUUAUGAUAUUGCACACGCUGUAAAUGCUGACACUUUGAUUUUUGAAACACUUUUUAAUACAUUCGCGUGCAAUCCAUUUCUCCUCAUGAUGUUUCACAUACACAUUAAGUGAUAGUGUUGUUAUGUCAUAUUUUCAUGCUCAGAUAACUCAAAAUUUAACAAAGUAUAAGCAUAUUAGUGAAAAUAAAGUCUACCUUCAAGAUGACACGAGAAAUCGCAUUUUUGGGCUUCCUUCGUUUGGUCAGUAGAACAUUGAACAU